AUGAAAUUAACCAUUGGAAAUAAAAUAUUUCUCAAGUUAAUCGGGAAUCAAGCAACAUUGGGAGCAAAGUUAAAUAGCUUAUUACAUAAAUUUACUAUAUAUUUCCUCUUGCACCCUUAUGCUAGUUUCUAUUCGUUAUUAGACGCAUCUUGUAGCGAAAGCAUGUUGUGUGCUAGUUGUCGAUCCGUUGUAAGCGAACUUCAUAAUUUCUGCUUCAAUUGUGGAGUUCUAUUGCGUAGAAAAGGGAAUAAGUCAUUGUCAAGAGUCUCAAUACUAAAUGCAGACGAUGAAAUUGAGUCUGUAGAACAAUCAUCAUCGGGAAUACAAGCUAAAAGAUGUAAGUUGCAAGGAGAGAGAGAGGUGACAAUUAAUAUUGGUCAGGCUAUUCUUGAUAGUAACUAUGAAUUCAAAAAGAUCAAGGGCAAAACAAGACAAGUGAAACUUUUGCCAUCAAGUAGUAAAGACAUGAUAUUAGAGAGAGCUCUAAAAGACAUUACUUCCAAAGAUAGUGAUUUUGACGAUUCUUGUGAAUACGCUUUACUUUACCCUGACUUUAAUGAAAUCACCACGAAACCAGGAUCAGAGGAAGAAUUUGUAUUAAAAGAUUACAAGCAAAACACUGGCAAACGAUGGACACGGAUUACCUUUCUAGUAGCAAAAACCUCCGAUAUUGAGCGAUGGGCCGAAAAGUCGGAUUCUGAAUCCGAAUGUAGCGAUGAAUCAAGCUUUGAAGUUUCUCUGUAUAUCUUUUUCGGUUUACCUAUUUACUUAGACGCACAAUGUGAUGUUAAUUCACGUCCAACGCAACGUAAUCAAUCUGUACGAGAAGAGCAAAGCUCAACAGAAGGUACAAGUAGUAUAUCAGUGGUGGACAAUUCUCAUACAGAGAGCGGUAGAAAUUCUACAGUAAGAUCAAGUAGCAGAAGUAAUCAAAGCAUGAACGGUAAAAAUCCGAUCUUGGAGUCGUUAGGAGAUGAGAUAUCGACAUUAGGUGAGCCUUGUAAUGUGGGUGCAUUAUUAGUUGGUGCUCUAGAUGAUCAGCCUGUCUCAGAUCAAUAUUCUCAACAAUACUAG